AUGCGGCCCAGAACACUGCUUCUCAUCCUCCUGGGCCUGGGCCUGGGCCUGGGCCUGGGUCGCGGCCGCCUCCCGGGGCCCACGGCUCCUGGCAGAGCCCUGGCUGCUAUCCCUGUCUCCCCGGCGACCCCAGCCGCCGCGUCCGGACCCCACCCAUCAGAUGCCGCCUCGGCCCGCCGCCUCCCGCCAACCGUCCGGACUCCCAGCACGGCCCUCGGAGACGCGGCCGCGCUGCGCGUUUGGAGGGCCGCCCCGGGCCUCGGGGAGGCGACCGGCAGCGCCCGCGUCCGACUGCGGCCCCGCGCGGCCCCUGGCGGCGGCGUGAUCCUGGCCGGUGGCGGCCGCCUCUGCCUGCCCCGCGGCCCCGCGCGCCCGCUCUGUGUCCUGCUGCGCGUCCUGCUGCGCGCGCGCCUGGCCGCCGCGCCCGCGCUCGUGCACCUGCGGCUGUCUGCGCGCCGCGGCCGGCUGUCCCUGCUGUGGAGCACGGCGCUGCCCCGCGCGCUCGGGCGCCCGGAGUGGACCUUCUGGCUCGUGCCGCUGCGGCCCGCCGGCCCUCGGCGCCCCCGCCGUUCCACCUCCGACCUGCCGGCCGCCGGGCCUCGCCCCUCCGCGGGCUUCGUGGCCCAAACGGAGUGUCCCACGGAUGGGCCCACGCCUGUUGUCCUGGAAGCUGUCAGCUCGGACGGGCCUCAAGCCAUCCAGUCUUCCGUGUCCUGCCAGGUAUCCCCAGACGAGCCCUGUGCGAUCACCAUGGUGAAGAUCAACAGGAGCAAAGAUGGUGAACCCUUGGUGCUGACCAGGAAGAUGGAGGCUACCCUCAGUGUAUCCAUUAAGCACAACUGCCCUAACACCACCUCAGUUGUUCCAGAGUGGCAUGUCUUUCCCGUGCGCUCCGUAAACAACAUCCCGGACUGGAAUGCACCUUUGAAAACACGGGACACCAGACUUGGGAUAUCUCCACUACAUUUGGAAAUCCGCCCCAAAACCUUAUCUUUCGGGGUGUAUGCGUUCAGAUUCACACUCAACAUCUUCGAUGCAAAAACAAAGGCACUUAGGACAAAAGGCUCAGAUUUCAUCUAUGUCAACAUCACUAGAAGCGAUCUUUUGGCAGUCAUUCCUGGCAAUCCCAACUUAGUAAUCCAAUUCACAAACAAGCUGGUUCUGGAAGGAAAGACAUCCUCUGAUGCAGAUUCGGACGACCCAUCCGAGGGACUCCUUUUUUCUUGGUACUGUACCACCGAUCCGAAAAACUACCAGGGACGUAAAAUCACGGUGAUGAGCAACAGCGUCUGCACCCCAAAGCAGACUAAUCUGAAGUGGAAGGAGGCCUCUGGCCCUGUCCUCACACUUCAGCCAGGAACACUGAAAGGUGGAGGUGUGUAUUUCUUCAGAAUGGUGAUCCGCAAGGGUGCUAGGACAGGCUAUAUUGAUAGAAAGGUACACGUGCUCAAAGGAGAACCCCCCACAGCAUACAUCUCGUGUAUUGAAAAUUGUGAUGCCGUUUUGGGUAUUUCAGCCAGAUUUUCUUUGUUUCUCAAUUGCACAAAUGGUUCGACACGCCAGGAUGCAUAUGAAUGGUCGAUUCUGUCAUCUCUGGGGGAUGAGGUAAACUUUGAUUGGGCGAAACACACCACAACAGGGAGGAAUGGGGCUCAUUUGUCUAUAAAAGCUUUUGCUUUGAAGGAUUUUCCUGAAGCUAAGUUUUGGGCUUCUGUGCAUCUAGCAAGUUGGAGUGGGCAUAACGUGGACUUGAAGCACCCCUUUGUUAUCAACCAUGUCCCUGAAACCGGAGAGUGCAGCAUUAAUCCAGCUACAGGAGUUGCCUUUGUUACCAGGUUUGUCAUCCGGUGCUCUAAUUUUAAGGAUAAGAACUUCCCUCUUACAUACAAAAUGGUAGUCUCUGAUUUGUAUGGUUUGGGCCAGAUCAGUUCUGUAAAAGAGAACACCUUGGGGGCCAUCCUGUAUAUGGGGAAUGAAUCCACAUCGCCCCCUUCCUUUCUCCCUGUGGGUGUGUUGGCUAAUCAUUAUGCCAUGAAGAUAUCUGUUCAGGUGUAUGACUCUCUAGGAGCUUUUUCUCAGGCGACUUUGUUCGCGACCGUACAUGCCCCUACGGAUGAAAUCUCAGCGAAGGGUGUGCUCGAUCGCUUAUUCAAUUUCACCAUGGGACCAAAUUCAUCGCUCUCUACUUUGCUUGACAGCCAGGAAUUUCUACCUGCAGGUUAUUUAAUAUAUAUAGCAGCUUCUGUUUUGAAUAACAUGAAACCUGAAUUAAGUUUGGAAGCUGACAAAGCCAGACUCCGGGAAUACCUUGUCAACCAGACUUUCAUUCUUCCCAAUAGCACUUUGGUGGAAAUUAGCCAGGUAGUCAUGAGUGUUACUAAAUUAACCCAGACGACCGCCGGAUUCACUCGAAUGGCUCAGAAACUGGCCACAGUGAGGAUUUGGCUAGCAAAUCGAGCCCUACAGCAGUCUGGACAGAAUGACGCACACGUUCACUCUGAACAAAUAGAAACUGUGAGCACUGGGAUAUUAACAACUUUGUCUAAUAUCUUGAAACUGACCGUUAGCUAUGAAGUGGUUGACGAGCCUUUCUAUGUGUUGGAAUCACUAGCAGACACAGUGUUGGAGGGUAAAGUGCCAGGGAACGAGACCACCGCAAUGACGGCCUCCAGCCUUAACGUGUAUGUCAGGAAAACUGAAAGGUGGGAUGUUACCGAUAUCUUCAGGGAUGAGAAAAGCAGUCGAAAUUAUUUUCGUCCGAUGCUAAAUGUGAGCAGUAUUCCCAGUUUACAUGAAAAUGCCCUGAUUUCCACCAUGUUUUGUGAGUUUGCUGAUGAUCCGUUUCCUUGGAUGAAUGAGCAGGAAAGCUGUUCUGCGGAGGUGGUUGGAUUCAGGAUGACAGGGACCACGCCUGACGGCGACGUGGUCGAGAUCAUGCCUGAUGUAGCAGAAGUGUACAUCGCCAGAAAAAACUUGAGCUUUGCAGCUUUUAACCUCACAGUGGGACCCGAGAGUGAGACCGGGGGAGCUGAUGAGUCCUUGAAAAGGACGACAGGGGAGUUUAGGGUUGAGGUGGACAGCAGUGUAGUGAAGGAGUUGCUGGUCCACAUUGUGACCGAAGUGACCGUGUUGUUCACGGUGUUGGUAUACGCCGGCACUAAAAUUACCCCCACUGCUCUGGUCGCCACAUUCUUUGUGCCCCAUGACAUCCCUCCCAUGGCCACCCAUAGUGAGCUCUUCGGCUCAGCCUGUGCCGUUAGGGAGGCCCGCGUGGUUUGCCUUCCAGCGUCCCUGCUGCAAGUCAUAGCUCAGCGAGGCGGCUCGUCUGAGUGCACCUUGAUCAUUGCUCUGCAGGCACCUCGUUUUGUCAUGACAGCCAAUGACAAGCUAGUGAGAAUCGCUCUUUUCAGUGCUCACUGCCUAGACAUGUAUGGGAUCCAGAGCGACUGGAGAGAAGACACCUGUGUUCUCGGAGAGAGGACCACUUGGCUAAGAGUGCACUGCAUCUGCCAAAGCACAAGGAGGGUCCGGCGGCAGCUGGAUCUAAUAAAACAGGCCAGCAGGCACCUGCAAACCCACUUUUUGACGGCCAUUGUGAUUGUGCUCCCCAAUGCUGUGGACCUACGGUUGGAGGUCAUCAAGAACGUUACCCAUAACCCUGUGACGCUCUUCACUGUACUGUUCAUUAUGCUGAUGUACAUAAUCCUAGCUUUCUGGGCCUUGCACAGGGAUGACAUGGAUCAGUAUCUUCGGCAACAUGUGAUAAUUCUACUUGAUAAUGACCCUUAUGAUAAGGUGUGUUACCUCGUGACUGUUUUUACAGGAAGCCGUUAUCGGGCUGGGACCAGGGCCGAUGUCUUCAUUCAACUUAUGGGAACGGAAGGUGCCAGCGAUGUGCAUUGUCUGAGCCAUCCGUAUUUUGCAACACUCUACCGUGGAGGCAUCAACACUUUUCUCCUAACCACAAAAAGGGACUUGGGGGACAUCCAUUCCAUUCGUGUGUGGCACAACAAUGAGGGCAAAUCCCCCAGCUGGUAUCUAAGCAGAGUCAAGGUAGAAAAUCUGUUCAGCCGACACAUCUGGCUGUUUUUAUGCCGGGAAUGGCUUUGUAUUGACACCUCUUUGGACAGAACACUUCGUGUUACCGACCCAGACCAGCCUAUCGACAGAAAGGACUAUUUCCUGAUAGAAUCAGCUUACAGGAUGGGGAGAGAUCACCUGUGGUUCUCUAUUUUCUCCACUAUCAUUGAUAGCCCAUUCAAUCGGCUGCAGAGACUGUCCUGCUGUUUGGCAGUGCUGAUGGCCUCCCUUCUGUGUAAUAUUAUGUUCUUUAAUCUCGACAGACCAGAAAAUUUGGCUUCAGGAGAGGGGAGCUACGUCAGGUCAAUGAUGAUAGGACUGGAAAGUGUGUUAAUUACGCUGCCUCUGCAAAUAUUGAUCAUUUUUCUCUUCACCUACUCCCAGAGGGAACCUCGUGUGACUCUAGAAAAGGUAUCUCCCCGGAAGACUUCUUCCAUGGAGCUGGAGAAUUUAUACUGGGAGGAAUUUCUGAGAAGAUGGUAUGCUCGUGAAUCAGGGGACUCAUCCAUCAAGGGGCCUUUGGAGCCUCCAACUGGGAAAAGGCCCAGACUUCAAAAGACUGCCCAGGCGCUGUCUGCGACGCGGCACCAGCCUAAGAAGAAAGAGAGCAGGGACUCGCACACCCAGGCAACAAACAUUAAUGCCAGUAACGCAAACACAAAUAACAAUCAAAAUGUUCCUUCUGGAGAGCCGCCAUCCCAUGCGGGUCCCACUCUGGAACUCAAGGAGAAGAGCAGUUUCAUUCUGCCUUCAUGGUGCCUUCAUAUAGCGUGGCUGCUGGUUUUCGCCACGUCCAUUAUGUCUUCGUUCUUCAUCAUAUUUUAUGGGCUGACCUAUGGCUAUGAAAAGUCAAUGGACUGGCUCUUUGCAUCGUUUUGUUCAUUCUGUCUGUCUGUUUUGCUGGUGCAGCCAUGUAAAAUUAUACUUUUGUCAGGCUUCAGAGCUGGUAGGCCCAAGUAUUGUAAAAACCUUUCAUGGACAAGCAAGUACCGCUAUAUUGAGAUCGAGCUUCACGGAACGAUGAACCGAGAAGAAAGGAAAAGGCGACACCAGCAGAUCAUGGAGCUCCGAAGAUCGAGGAUGUACCAGCCCCUCACCGAAGACGAAAUCCUAAUAUUCAAGAGGAAGAGGGCAAUUAAGAAGAGGGCUUUCCUGUUCCUGUGUUACGUUCUGACUCACUUCAUCUUUCUCGCCCUCCUGUUGAGGCUCGUCGCCCUCCUGCGUCACACGGACAGCUUUUACUAUAACCAGUUUGUUCGCGAUCGGUUCUCUGUGGAUCUCGGCUCGGUGACCAAGCUGGAGGACAUCUACAGGUGGCUGAGCAGCGUGCUGGUGCCCCUGGUCCACCACGACCCGAAUCCAGCCUUUCUGCCCGACAGCUCCUCUAAAAUCCUGGGGCUUCCGCUGCUGAGGCAGGUGAGGGCAAGACCUGGCGAGAAACUCUGCCUGCCUGCCAGCUUUGCCCAAACCAGCAUGGGAAGAGAAAUCCAUUGUCAUCCCAGCUAUGGCACUGACCCGGAAGACACCAGAAGCUACUCUAGCCUUUGGAACAACGUGCUCAAGAGGCCUGAGGAUAAGAAUACCAAUGGGUUUACUUACAAGCCUCCAGAGACGAUCUGGGGGUAUGUCUCCCACGGACUCUCACACACCUACGGGUCGGGAGGCUAUGCGUUCUAUUUUUUCCCAGAGCAGCAGCCUUUUAAUUCCACCGUGAGGCUCAGGGAACUCCAGAGCAGCGAGUGGCUUGAUGAGAAGACGUGGGCCGUGAUUCUGGAGCUGACCACCUUCAACCCAGACGUCAGUCUGUUCUGUAGCAUUUCUGUCGUUUUCGAGGCUUCUCAGUUAGGGGUUGUGAACACGAGCUUAUCCGUGCACUCCUUCUCGCUUGCUGAUUUCGACCGGGAGACUUCCGCCGAAACCUACUUGUAUGUGGCCAUUCAUUUUUUUUUAGCCUAUGUGGUCGAUGAGGGUUAUAUCAUCAUGCAAGAAAGGGCCUCGUACGUGAGAAGUGUGUAUAAUCUGCUCAACUUUGCUCUAAAAUGCAUAUUUACUGUGCUGAUUGUGCUCUUCCUUAGGAAGCACUUCUUGGCCACUGGCAUAAUUCGCUUUUACUUGUCGCACCCUGAGGACUUCAUUCCGUUUCAUGCAGUUUCUCAAGUAGAUCACGCCAUGAGGAUCAUUUUGGGUUUCCUGUUAUUUCUGACCAUUUUGAAGACCCUCAGGUAUUCCAGAAUCUUCUAUGAUGUGCGCCUGGCUCAGAGGGCCAUUCAGGCGGCCCUUCCCGGCAUCUGCCACAUGGCCCUGGUGGUGUCCGUGUACUUUUUUGUGUUCAUGGUCAUCGGCUCCCUGGUGUUUGGUCAACACGAGUGGAACUACAGUAACCUGAUUCAUGGUAUGCAGACGAUAUUCUCCUAUUGCGUUCCAGCGUUUCAGAACACCGAGUUCUCCAACAACAGGGUUCUGGGGGUCCUGUUCCUCUCUUCUUUCGUGCUGGUUAUGAUCUGCGUAUUGAUCAACUUAUUUCGGGCAGUGAUUUUGUCUACCUAUGAGAAAAUGAAGCAGCCCGUGUAUGAGGAACCAUCGGAGGAAGCAGAAGCAAUGACCUAUCUGUGUCACAAGCUAAGAGCAAUGUUUAGGUUUCUGACCUUCCAACCCAGGGACAAAGAUGAACCAGAGUUCUUUGUCAACAUGCUGUAUGGGCAGCCAGAGAAGAACAGCCGGCGGUAUCUGGGGCUGAAGACCAGAAACAUCAAAGGGAAGAAAAUGGUUUAUCUUGUUGUGUGAUGAGUGACAGGGUCAAGACCCACAGGCAAGACACCCACCCCU